AUGAAUGAUCAAUUUUGUGAGGAAUUAGCUCAUCCUUAUCUUUUCCCAACUGGUAAGUUUGGCUACAAAGUUGAACGUGAUAUCAAGCUUAGUCCAACGAAGUAUUUUAAUCAGCGGCUGUUGAAUUAUAAACAAAAAUUUGCCUCAAACUCUGAUUACAUUUUUUAUGUGUUGUCCACUCUGCAACAACUCAAUAUGAGUAGUCAAAUCAAUAUUGCUGUGAAAAAGGUUAAGACAGAUUCUCUCACAGCUGGUAUGUUGUCCAAAAAUUUCUCUGAAACAGUGCAGUCUUGUAUUGCUGAAGAUAAAGGUUUUCAAUUUAUGAGUCCUAUAAAAGGUACCCCAGCAUAUUGGAAGCGAUUUCUCUCGGAAGUUCCAGCAAUGGUUAAGCAACUCGGUCUCCCAACAUUUUUUAUGACAUUGAGCUGUGCGGAUUUAAGAUGGAAUGAAUUGAUUUCUAUCAUAGCAAAAUUGAAUAGUGAGAAUCUGACUGAUGAGGAAAUAAUCAACCUAACAUACUUUGAAAGAUUUAGAUUUUUGAACUUGAAUCCUGUUCUACUUGCCAGGCAUUUUCAGUAUCGUGUUGAGCUUUUUUUUAAGGAAAUUGUAGUUAAUGGACCUCUUGGUAAGGUUAAAUACUGUGCAAUUCGUGUAGAGUUUCAGAUUCGUGGAAGUCCUCAUAUUCAUUCCUUUUUGUGGGUAUUGAAUGCUCCUGUUUUGACUGAAAACAAUAUUGAUAAAUACAUACAAUUCGUAGAUGCAAUUAUUAAAGCAUAUGUACCAGAUCGUGAACAUGAACGUGAAUUAUUUGACUUAGUAACAACUUAUCAGGUGCACUCUCAUUCUAAAUCUUGUCGAAAGACUAUUGUUGCUUUGCCACUGUCAAAAGAUAUAGAUCUAGAUGAACGUAGUGAAAUUUUGAAGAAUAAGGAAGUCAUAUUGAAUAAGAUUAAAGACUAUAUUGACACAAAGUUGAAUCCAAAAAAGAAAAAUAUUUUGAAUCCCAAUCAAGAGAAUUUCGAGAUUACUCCAACAAUAUCAGAAAUAUUAGAUGAACUUGAUAUUCCAGAAAGUGAAUAUUAUAAUGCUUUGAGUAUUUCUAAUGAUAACGACUUUCAACUUUAUUUGAAGAGGCCGCCUAAUUCGUGUUUCAUAAAUAAUUACUUUGAUGAAGGUCUUCUAGCAUGGGAAGCAAAUAUUGAUAUUCAACCUGUCUUCAACCACUACAAGGCUGUGACAUAUAUGUGUGCAUAUUUCUCAAAAUGUGAAGAUGAGACUUCUCAGGCCAUGAAACAAGCAGCGAAAGAAGCUUUUAAUUCAAAUAAAUCCUAUACUGAGCAAAUGAAAUUGAUUGCAAAGGUUUUCACUACAAAAAGGGAAUGUUCUGUUCAAGAAGCUGUAUAUUUAAUAAUGCCAGAACUUUGGCUCAGGAAAACAUUUCCAAAAGUUGUAUUUGCCAACACCAACCUCCCAGAAAAGCGCUAUAGAAUGUGUCGCAGUAAACAUAAAAUUGAUAAACUUCCUGAAGAUAGUACUGACAUAUUUAAAAGAAAUAUGCUAGAUCGGUAUGUCGAUAGACCCAACCCAACAUUUGCAAAAGGAAAAUAUGCCAUUCUUGACCAAUUUUGCUACCCACAAUUUCUUGCAAAUUAUUACCUUGCUGGAAGGUUUGAUGAUGAAAAUGAUAGCCAGCCAACUGUAUUACGUGAUGACAACAUAGAAAGGAACCAUAUAACAAAUUGGUUCCCUGCAAUAUUGUCAUUAAUGUCAUCCAAUGAAAAAUUUAAGUGUCGUAAAGUUAAACAAGUGUUACGAUUAUAUACACCAAAUAAACAUAAAUACCCUGAGUUAUAUGCACAUCAUUUGCUAAUGGUAUACUAUCCAUUUCGAAAUGAAUGUGACUUGAAAUCUGCUUCUGGUUGUUAUGUUGAAAAACUCAACGAACCUGGUGUAUUAUCAAUCAUAAAUGAACAUAAGCAAACAUUUGAGCCAUUUAGUGAUCUAAUUGACACUGCCUUAUCAAACUUGCGUACAGACUUGCUUACAAAUCAAGAUGCUUUUACUGCUCAUGAAAAUGAUGAAGUUCAAGAUGAAAUGAUUGAAACAAUAGAUGAGAUUGUGGAUGAUGAAAAUGUUGUUGCAGAUGCUGUACUUUUUGACAGUGAAAUCAAUGUUUUAACAAAUAGUUCAGAAUUCCUGAGCGAUGCAGAAUUGAAUCCCAUGAUUUCAUCCUUGAAUUACAAACAAAGACAAGUGUUCGAUUUAGUAUAUGACUGGGCUUGCAGGUAUAUAAAAAACUUAUCGGCAAUAAGAAAAGUAGAAUUUACACCAUUGUAUAUUUUUUUGACUGGCGCUGGUGGCUGCGGAAAGUCACAUCUAAUUAAAACCAUAUAUCAAGCAAUGUCCAAGGUACUUUCAUAUAAAUCUAAGGACCUGAACAAACCCAAAGUUUUUCUUGUGGCUCCUACUGGUGUUGCUGCAAUUAAUAUCAAUGGUACUACUAUUCAUACAGCCUUUGGAAUACCUGUUGGUCAUUUUGGAAAGAAUUUGCCACGUUUAAAUGACAAAAGGAGGACUACUUUACGGAACAAACUUAGUGAGCUGAAGGCCUCUAUUGUUGAUGAAAUUUCUAUGGUAUCAAACUUGCAGUUAUUUUAUAUUCAUCUACGUUUAAUUGAAAUAUUUGCAUGUCGUGAUGAGAUUCCAUUUGCCGGCAUUACAGUGAUAGAAUGUGGUGAUUUAUAUCAACUGCCACCUGUUCAACAACGACCUGUGUAUGCUGAUUAUAAAAGUGACUGGCUCAACUUGGUGCAUCUAUGGAAGCUUUUUGAAUUUGCUGAGCUUACAGAGGUAAUGAGACAAAAAGGUGAUAAUGUAUUAAUAGAUUUAUUAAAUAAUGUGAGAAUUGGCAAACUUGAUAAAAAAGACGAGGAAUUAUUGAAAAAUAGAGUAAUUUCUCCAAAUGAUUCUGAUUAUCCUGCAAAUGCACUUCAUAUCUUUGCAGAAAAUGCUCCUGCCAAAAAUGUUGCGAAAGGCAUUAUUGAAAAAGCAUUGAAUCGCAAUCAAAGUGAAACCGGGGGUCUUGCUACUGAAUUAAAAAUCAAAGUUGGUGCAAGAGUAAUGCUUACAGUCAAUAUUGAUAUUGCUGACAGACUGAUCAAUGGCCAAAUAGGUACUGUCAAGCAUGUAAAAGCAGACAAUGCAAACAAAGUUUCGAAGAUAUACGUGUUAUUUGAUGACCCCAAGGCAGGCAAGGAGGCCAUAUUUAAAAGCAAUUGUUCAAAUAGAUGGGUACCAAUCGAGAGAGCAGAAGCAAAUAUCAAACUGAAAACCAGCAAAGAUACAUCACCUGUAAUCAAACGUACUCAGUUCCCACUAAUGCUAUCCUGGGCAUGCACUGUACACAAAGUUCAAGGUUUAACACUGGAUAAAGUUGUUAUUAGCUUUGAUUUGGAGAAGCAGCGUUCAUUUAAUAAUGGCCAGAUGUAUGUUGCACUUAGCAAAGUUACAUCUUUGAAUGGUAUGUGUUUGACAGGAAAAUUUUCUAGGUCUGCUAUCAAAUGCAAUUCUCGUGCUACGUUGGAGUAUGAUAGACUACGAAAUGAGUGUGUUUUUCAGCAGAUUCAAAAAUUUUCUGCCCCAUCACAUGAUAAACAAUUAAAUCCUGGCCAAGAUACUGAAAGUAUCGAUAAUUAUUUGGUGAAUUUCAGUCCACUUCAUAAUUGUAGCACUGACAAGUUUCAAAGCAUUUCACUUUUUUUCAGAAGAAGCAUACAUGUACAAAAUCAUCAGUUUGGUCAAGGUGUUACAAUGUUUUCGUUUACUAAGACAUCAUUUUCAGCUGAGACUUUUAAUGCAUUGGUUAUCUAUCGAAAAUGUAAUGAUGCCUUAGAGCAUUUUUAUGAUGCCCUAUCUCGCGCAGUUCAAAAUACCAGUGUACAUUUCAUUCUUGGAGAUUUCAAUAUCAAUGCACAGGCUCAACCACAAAGAUUAUCAGAUGUUAUGCAUGAUUUCACUCAAAUUGUUACCGAACCUACCCAUUUAGCUGGAGCCACUCUUGAUCAUGUUUAUAUAAAGAACAGUGUUGUGUUAUCAUAUGAUGUGAAAUGUUUUUAUAGCAAAGAAGCUUUAAAGCCUGGUUGCCCACCACAUGAACAUUGUUGCCUUUAUCUCAGUUUCAUCUCAGCAGAAGUAAAUUUUAGCCCAUCCAUCGUCCAGCUAAAAUCGAAUAUAUUUUCAUCGUUAGGCAAUGAUGAUAUGUUUUAUAUUUUUUCAAUUUUUCCAGGUUUAAUGCUGUGGAAUGUCAAAGAGACUAAUCGAGAAAUACAUCGACUCUGUUGUUUAGAAGUGUUAAUUAAGGGUGAUGAAUAUCUGGUGAGUGGUAUUCUUUUCACUUUAUACACACGUCAAAACGACAAUAAUCGGGUGAAUGCGCGGAAAGUAAAAAAUGAACAUUAUCACGCAAAAAAGAGUGACAUCAAGAAAUCAAACCAAGUCCACGAACCAGAACUUCAUACGAAACUCUUCAAUUCAAUUGGGAAUGAACAGACAGCUAUCACACUCGAAAUUUAUGGAACUUUUUGGAGCAUCAAUGUAGCUGACAAAAUGCAUUACUACGUAUUGAUUUGGAACGAAUACGAAAUUCAAAAAGAACAUUCUCGUAAUGUUCAUUUGCAACUUAUAGAAGUGCGAAUUUCGAUACAACUGAUAGCUCGUAAUGUUCAUUCGCAACGUACAGAAGUGAAAAUUUCGAUACAACUGAUAGCUCGUAAUGUUCAUUCGCAACGUAUAGAGUUGCGAACUUCGAUACAACUGAUAGCUCCUCGUAAUGUACGUUCGCAACGCAUAGAAGAAGUACGAACUUCGAUACGAUUGAUAGGUCGUAAUACUAUUUCAUCCCUAAUCUCAGCUCGAAAAAAACACAACAACUUCUUUCACGAAAUGUUCAGUAGAAGAUAA